AUGAACACCUCAAGAUACACUUAUCGCGACCUCGACGAGUUGAAGAAGUUCUCUACCACGUCGCCGCUUCGUGUCAUUGCAUUAAUCGACUUCGACGCUUUCUAUGCACAGUGUGAAGUUGUUAGAUUAGGUCUACCACCCACAACACCAUUGGCUGUUCAACAAUGGAACGCCAUCAUCGCGCUCAACUAUCCUGCACGUGAAUCUGGUCUCAAGAGAGGUGCGUCGAUAGAAGAAGCCCGGAGACUCUGUCCGGAGAUCGUCUUGCAACACGUCGCAACAUGGAGAGAGGGCGAGACAACAUGGGCAUACCGCGCAGAUGUCACAAAGCAUAUGUCGACCGACAAGUCAGCCCUAGAUCCGUAUCGCCUCCGGUCACGCAAGUGUUUCGAAUUCAUUCGCACCUUGUUGCCUAACGAGCCUGUUCAAAGAGUCGAGAAAGCUAGUAUUGAUGAAGUAUUUCUGGAUCUGUCGGCCCAGGUACACCAAAUCCUGCUCCGACAGUUUCCGGAGCUUGCGGAGCAGCCAGCCCACAUGGAGCAAUAUCUUCCUUCGCCCGGCUUUUCCUCACUUUUGGACUGGGAAGGCGACCACGUCGUAGAUCUUGAGAGCGCUGAACCGAGGCCAGAUUGGGAUGAUAUCGCCCUCAACAUCGGAGCCGGCAUCGUUCGACGUAUUCGUGCUGAAGUCUGGAAGCAUUUCGGAUACACGUGCUCCGCAGGUAUCGCGCGGAACAAGGUUGUUGCUAAGCUUGGUGCUGGCUUCAAAAAACCCAACCAGCAAACGGUAAUCCCGACACAAGCUACAUGUAGCUUUCUAGCUAUUCAUGUUGUCAAAUUUACCAAGAUACGUGGGCUAGGUGGCAAACUCGGUCAACAAGUCAUCGACGCAUUUAGCUCCGACCGCAUAGAUGACAUUCUACGCAUCCCGAUCGAGCAACUGAAAGCUAAGUUAGGCAAGGAGUCUGGAUGCUGGGUGUAUGACGUCGUUCGUGGCAGGGAAACAAGUAUUGUGACAUCGCGACUUGUAGUCCAGUCAAUGCUGUCCGCAAAAACCUUCGUUCCGAGCGUAGGUAGCUUCGAGCAAGCCAUGAAGUGGCUUCGCAUAUUCGCAGCAGACCUGAUGGGCCGUUUGGAUGAGCUGCAAAGCGAGUAUCCCCGCCAGCCAACCGUAGUUGCGCUUCAUCAUCACAUCAAUGGCCGUUUUGGUCCAACGCGAUCAAAGCAAGCCACAAUACCGUCAGGUAGCAGAGUCGACGAGAUGGCCAUAUUUGCUUGGUCGAAAGCUUUACUUCGUCAGAUUUGUGAGGAAGGGGUAGCGUGGCCUUGCGCCAGCCUAUCUGUCAGCAUAUCGGGAUUUCAACCUCUUGUUACGCAGAACCACCGCAUCACCUCGUUCUUCACUACAGGACCUGCGAAAAGGAAGCGCGUGAGUGAUCCGUGUGAGGAUGAAGAUGAGCAGCGAGAGCAAAACAGGGGUCGCAAGGAAGGUGGCCGCGAAUAUUCAUUGCAAGAGACGGAGGUAGCCCGCGCAUGUUCCGAGAAGAGUAAGAUACGGUCGCUGCCUACCAUGUCGCAUGACGUGCAAGUCGAGGAUAUCUUGCUGUACAGUUGUCCGAAAUGCAGUCAGAACAUCCAACCUACGAAAGUGCUUGAGCAUCUCGACUGGCAUACUGCGCUCGAGAUACAAGAAUCGGGAGAGUGA